GUCAGCUUCCCUUUGUGCACCGUUUGUCUGACACCACCAAACUCUUCCCUCUCUCUCCAUUUGUUUUGAUUUGAUUUUCUUCCUCAAAAAAAAAAAUAGAAACCCGAAACGAAAGUCUCGAGAUUCCUUACGAUUUUUUUAGUUUUCUUCAUUGAAGAUCCGUAGCCAAGAACAGUUUUUUUUUAAAAAAAUCUUUGAUUUAUCUAAGGGUUUAAUAACCCUGUGAUUGAAUGGGUUCUGGGUUCUCUCUCUUCACCAACGGUUCAUCUUCUUCCUCCUCUCGUGAGAGAGAUCUGUUAACGCCUGGUUUGGGCGAUUUGCCUGAAAGUUGUGUGGCGUCGAUCCUCGAGAACUUGGAUCCGGUCGAGAUCUGCAGAUUCUCAAAGCUAAACAGAGCUUUCCACAGCGCUUCUUGGGCUGAUUUCGUCUGGGAAUCGAAGCUUCCUCAAGAGUACAGAUUGAUUCUCGAGAAAAUCAUCGGCGGUUUCCCGGAAAAGCUGCGGAAAAGAGACAUCUACAACUUUCUCUCUCGUGUUAAUUCCUUCGACCAUGGCACAAAGAAAGCUUGGGUGGAUAAACGAACCAGUGACCUCUGUUUAUACAUAUCCGCCAAGGGAUUGUCGAUCACCGGAAUCGAUGAUCGGAGAUACUGGAAUCAAAUUCCGUCUGAUGAGUCUCGAUUUGGUUCGGUGGCUUAUCUUCAGCAAAUCUGGUGGUUUCAAGUUGAUGGAGAAAUCGAUUUCCCGUUCCCAGCUGGAACCUACAGCGUCUUCUUCAGGCUUCACCUAGGCAAACCGGGAAAGCGGUUUGGUUGGAAGGUCUGCAACACUGAGCAGAUUCAUGGUUGGAACAUUAAACCGGCUCGGUUUCAAAUUUGGACUGAAGAUGGUCAACACUCUUCGUCUCAAUGCAUGUUAACCGGAUCUGGAAGCUGGAAUCACUACCAUGCUGGAGACUUUGUGGUCGGGAAAUCGAAAAGCUCGUCGACGAAGCUUAAGUUCUCUAUGACGCAGAUCGAUUGUACACAUACCAAAGGAGGGUUGUGUGUAGAUUCUGUAAUUGUGUAUCCGAGCUCGUGUAAGGACCGGUUGAGGCGGGUUUAAUUGUCUAAACCGAAGUUUGGUUUUUGUUUAGAGGUUAGAAAAGCUAACUCUUUUUUGGAAGUAGCUUUUUAACCUUUUUGGGGUAAAGUAAAAGGAGUAAUUAGGGGUAAUUAUUACUAAUUAGGGUCUUUGUUUCGUAAUAGUUUUUAGGUUCAAUGUGUAAAACUUUGAGUUUGAAGUUAAAGAGUUUCCAUUUAA